CUUAAUCACUGUGCAUUUUUUAAAUUUCCUGGUAUUUCUUUUAAUUAUUAUCAUAUAUGGUUACUUUCCUGACAGGUCAUAGCUUUUUCUUUUUUUGUUAAUCCUCUGCUACUUUUCAAACCGCCUUCUGUCUAUCAUCAGCUGGCUUUUUGUUUAUUCUUCCCAGUGUGAUCGCCUUGGUUACAAAUUUACAAUUCAUUCAUUCCAGGCACCUUCUCAAAUAAGUAUCUCCGUUAGCUUAGUUUUCUUAUCAUGCUUGACACCCAAAUCUAUUCUUUAAAUAGAUGAUUUCUGGUUCAAUAUUUUUCAAGCGGACGGAGCAUCUCAAUUCUCUGGAAUGACAAAAGGCAGAGAAACAAUCAAAUGACAUGAAAGCCGAACCAGCAGUAACAAAAAGUUUUAGUAUUCAUCAACUCUCAUGGACGCUGUCUUCCACCUCGAUGAAGCAUCCCGUGCUGAAUUUCUCCAAUUUCUCAUGCACUCCACCGGCGGCACAUACAUUUGCCUAUGGUCAUACUCCUACCUGCAUCAAGCAAACUGUUUAAUUGGUUGGGACGGAUGUUUCAAUGAAGAAAACACCCAGCCCGGAGCUUUGGGGCUCUUCGUCGAAUAUCGGCAAUUAAUAUUCCCUCUUGAAAAUGAUAAGUACGACAAAAUUUUCAUUACCAAAUUUGUUCUAUUUGAUCAGUUAAGUUAUAUUUUAGGCAUUAACCUUUUAGGGUUUCUGCUCUACAGUGGCCUCUUUCCAGGAUUUGCUUUCAGGAAUAAUAGGCCCUACGUUGAACUGGGGGAACCGGAGCUUCGCAACCGAGCAUCCCAUCGGACACAGCGACAGUUUUAUCAGGAAGCAGGAAUUAAGACGGCUGUAUUCAUGGGAUGCAGAAGUGGAGAGAUUGAGUUAGGGUUCUCCAAUGUGGUACAACUUAACAUGGAGAUGGAGGUGAGAAGUUUUUUCCCAGAUGACUUUUCAAGACAAUUAUCUUCCAUAGGAGAUCAGCUUCCCCAACCAACUGAUCCGAACAGGCCAUCUUCGUCUUCGUCAUCGUUAAGGUCACUGUCUGCGGGUAGUCCAGACUCUUCUUUGAUCUUCACCAUCCCAAGCGCCUCUCACCUUCAGGUUCCGACGACUGAAACAACAACCUCUUCAAUGCAAGCAAUCUCUUCUCCAAUCGACCAUCCACACCAACAAGCCAUGCAAGCCUUAUCUCAAAUGCGGAGCAAUAUUCAGUUACCAACAAUAGAGAGCGAAAAUGAUGCGAUGAUCAAAGCAAUCCUUGCUGUUCUAACCUCCCCUUCUUCUUCUUCUUCUUCUUCAAUAGCCCAUCAUCCCCAACAAAGCCAAAAUUUACCUCACAAUUACCAGCUAAACCCCAAAGCUUGUAGUGCGUUUAAACGAUAUGCUUCGGCGUUAGCGCCAACAACACCAGUGAGGGCCAGUUUACGAGCUCAAAGUAUGCUGAAACGAGCCAUUUUGUUUUAUAGAAAAUGCAAUUUAGCGAGGUGUGAACAACUGCUGCGAAGCCGCCCCACUAGCAGUCAAUUGCACCAUAUGAUUUCAGAACGAAAAAGGCGAGAAAAGCUCAAUGAAAGUUUCAUUGCAUUGCGAUCUCUUCUUCCUUCUGGCACCAAGAAAGACAAAGCGUCGGUGCUUACUAGUGCGAGGGAGUGCUUAACCUCAUUGAAAGCUCAAAUUGUGGAGCUUAGUCGGCAAAACCAGUUACUUGAAGCUCAGCUUUUGCCUUCAAGAGAAGCUGCCGGUGGGGAAGCAAAUGGUUCAUCAAAUGAGAGAAUAGGUGUUCGGAUUACACCUGCAUCCGAAUCAACAUCCGAACAAAGAAUCACUGACCUGAGAGUCAGUGUCAGAGGAGAACGGCCGAUAGUGGAUAUCUUAAUCCACCUGCUAGAAUUCUUGAAGCUCGACAGAAAUGUGAGCUUGAUGUCCAUUGAAGCUAACACCCAGAUAACAGAAUUAGGCUCAGUUCACCACAUUAACUUAAGACUCAGAAUUGAGGGCAAUGGAUGGGAUGAAUCCUCCUUCCAGGAAGCAGUGAGAAGGCUAGUCGCUGACCUGGCACAAUGAUUUUGAUAUAAUAUUUUCAUAUAUUAAUCACUCUUAUUAAAGUGGUGAUCAGACUAAUUUAGUCCGCGGGCAGCAUCUUGUACUUGAUGGUGGGCUCGUCCUUUCCUUUGCCUCCGUCCAUUUGAUUUCCAUCAUCACUUGAUAUUGAGUUAAAAGUAUGAGUGAUUAUGUGUAAUUUUGAUAGUCAAAGUAAUCAAUUUCUCUACAUAUAAUCGAAUAGUGAUUUUCUAAAUGUAUGACCGUAUAGUUUUGUGGCCCAAAUUGACUGCAAUUUUAUCAAAGGGGAGACUGUGAAAGCAAACCGCCUUUUUUAUUGAGAAAACCAUCCAUAAAUCCAACAUUAAAACAUUGAUAGAUGCAUUGAA